CUAUACAACCUUACCUUUUUCGAAUCAAAUUCAACCAUCUCAUUGAUGUAAAUUGAAAGUUUAUAAAUCACUUUAUAUUGCUUAAGGAGUGAUGAGACAAAUUUAUAUAUAUACACACACAUAUCAUUUGUCGCCAGUGAUAAAACAAAUGGAGUUAUCCGUAAAAAGCAUUAAAUGACGGCCACACAGAAGAUGAUGAUCAUUGUCGAAUCACUGAGCUCCUGAAACCUCUGCAGAAUUUGCACAGCUAUGGAGUUGGCCGUCCAUUCCUCUCUUUCCUUCUUCAAUUAUUCCAAUUCCUCAACCCCAUCCCUACAUCGAAGCACACUCUCCGGCCUUUCGCCAUCGUUAUUGCCCCGUCUCAGUCUCAGCAUUCAGUUCCGGCCAAGGGGACGAUCGCUUCUUCGACAUAUACAAGCUUCUUCCCGCUGGCUUCUGGUACCCGUCGGCGAUGGAGAGUGGAAGCAUAUAGGUUCAAAAGUAGAAAUGCCAGAUGCUUUCGAAAUUGUGUCGAAUGAGGUCACUGUUGGCCGCCUUCCUGAUAAAGCUGACAUUGUAAUUCCGGUUGCUACAGUCUCGGGUCAACAUGCUCGUAUCAAAAACCAAGAAGACAAGCUGUUGGUCAUAGAUCUAGAUAGCACCAAUGGGACUUUCAUCGACGACAAGAGGCUUAACCCUGGGGUUGUUGCUGCUGUAUCAUCUGGCAAUUGCAUUACUUUUGGGGACAUCCAUCUGGCCAUGUUUCAGGUCUCAAAGCUGAGAACUGUUGAAGCUGCAAGCAAAAUCCAAGAAGAAACUGAGGAGCCAAUCAGUGAUUCUGAAACAAGUUGAGAGAAAUGCCAGAUUUUAUGUGCAAACAUCUGCACAUUUUGUAUUCUAAAACCUUUGGUUCGGACGAAUUUUUCCAAUGAGUUAUCUGAUUGUUCUGUUUGUGUUAGAGACCCAGAUCAGCACCUCUACUUGAAUUCCUUUGCUAAAAAAGAAGGCAAUCUUCCUUCAUUUUGGUGCCCAGUGUCCUGUAAUUGAAUGCCAACUCCUCUUCAUUAUUAUAUUUACCCUCUUUACUUCUCUUCUUCA